CCGCGGAGGGUGCUGGGGGUGGCGCCGUGGUGCUGGGGGCGGCCGGGGUUGGGGGGGGGACGGUGGCGAGGGCUCUGUGCGCUCGGGAACCCGACCUCUGCGCCCCGAGCAAGAUGAGCGAGGCGGAUCAGGCCCGUGUGGGGCCCACGGCUGAAGAGCCCUCGCCGUCCCCCGAGGAGGAGGGCGAAGGGGGCGGGAAGGAGCCGACGACCGAAGCGGCCCCCGGGCCCAGCGCCGCGUUCCGUCUCAUGGUGACUCGGCGGGAGCCGGCCGUGAAGCUGCAGUACGCGGUGAGCGGCUUGGAGCCACUGGCCUGGUCGGAGGACCACCGCGUGUCGGUGUCCACGGCCCGCAGCAUCGCCGUGCUGGAGCUUAUCUGCGACGUGCACAACCCGGGCCAGGACCUGGUGAUCCACCGCACCUCGGUGCCCGCACCCCUCAACAGCUGCCUCCUCAAAGUUGGUUCAAAAACAGAAGUUGCUGAGUGCAAGGAGAAGUUUGCUUCCUCUAAAGACCCCACCAUCAGCCAGACUUUCAUGUUGGACAGGAUGUUCAACCCCGAGGGGAAGGCGUUACCCCCAAUGCGGGGCUUCAAAUACACAAGUUGGUCUCCCAUGGGUUGUGAUGCAAAUGGCAGGUGCCUCUUGGCAGCACUGACCAUGGACAAUCGCCUGACUGUGCAGGUGAACCUCAACAGACUCCAGUGGGUUCAGUUGGUUGAUCUGACUGAGAUUUAUGGAGAACGUCUUUAUGAAACCAGUUAUAGACUCUCUAAAAAUGAGGGUCCCGGGGGAAAUCUUGGGGAUUUUGCUGAGUUUCAGAGGAGACACAGCAUGCAGACCCCAGUCAGAAUGGAAUGGUCAGGAAUCUGUACCACUCAGCAAGUCAAGCACAAUAAUGAGUGCCGGGAUGUGGGCAGUGUGCUCCUGGCUGUCCUCUUUGAGAACGGGAAUAUAGCUGUUUGGCAGUUUCAGCUGCCAUUCGUGGGAAAAGAGUCCAUCUCUUCAUGCAACACCAUUGAGUCAGGAAUCAGCUCCCCAAGUGUUUUGUUUUGGUGGGAAUAUGAGCACAAUAAUCGGAAAAUGAGUGGCCUUAUUGUAGGCAGUGCUUUUGGACCGGUGAAAAUUCUCCCUGUCAAUCUCAAAGCAGUCAAAGGCUACUUCACUUUAAGGCAGCCUGUUGUCUUGUGGAAAGAAAUGGACCAAUUGCCUGUGCAUAGCAUCAAAUGUGUGCCACUUUAUCAUCCUUACCAGAAGUGUAGCUGUAGCUUAGUGGUAGCAGCAAGAGGCUCCUAUGUGUUCUGGUGUCUUCUUCUGAUCUCAAAGGCUGGUCUGAAUGUUCACAACUCCCAUGUCACAGGCCUUCACUCACUGCCUAUCGUCUCCAUGACUGCAGAUAAGCAGAAUGGAACAGUGUACACCUGUUCUAGUGAUGGGAAGGUGAGGCAGUUGAUUCCUAUUUUCACAGAUGUUGCAUUGAAGUUUGAACACCAGCUGAUUAAACUCUCGGAUGUAUUUGGCUCAGUGAGGACUCAUGGCAUUGCAGUGAGCCCCUGUGGUGCAUAUCUGGCCAUCAUCACCACUGAAGGCAUGAUCAAUGGCCUCCAUCCCGUGAACAAGAACUACCAGGUCCAGUUUGUUACUCUCAAGACCUUUGAAGAAGCAGCUGCUCAGCUCUUGGAAUCUUCAGUUCAGAAUCUCUUUAAGCAGGUGGACUUAAUUGACCUAGUCCGCUGGAAAAUUUUAAAAGAUAAACAUAUUCCUCAAUUUUUACAUGAAGCUUUGGAAAAAAAGAUUGAAAGCAGUGGGGUCACCUAUUUUUGGCGGUUUAAGCUUUUCCUCCUAAGGAUUUUGUAUCAGUCAAUGCAGAAAUCCCCUUCAGAGGCCUUAUGGAAGCCCACCCACGAGGACUCAAAAAUCUUACUGGUUGAUUCACCUGGGAUGGGCGAUGGUGAGGAUGAACAGCAGGAAGAAGGCACUUCCAAGCAGGGGACCAAGGCAGGCCUGCAGGAGAGGAGCAAAGAGGGUGACACAGAGGAGCCCCCCGAAGACUCACUCACUGCCGUGGGAGACACCGGAGGCCGUGAACCCAUAGAGGAAAAGCUCCUUGAGAUCCAAGGGAAGAUUGAGGCUGUGGAGAUGCACCUGACGAGGGAGCAUAUGAAGCGGGUCCUCGGAGAAGUGUACCUGCAUACCUGGAUUACGGAGAACACCAGCAUACCCACCAGGGGACUCUGUAACUUUUUGAUGUCUGAUGAGGAGUAUGAUGACAGAACAGCACGGGUCCUGAUUGGACAUAUCUCUAAGAAGAUGAAUAAGCAGACCUUCCCCGAGCACUGCAGUCUGUGUAAGGAGAUCUUGCCAUUCACGGAUCGCAAGCAGGCAGUUUGUUCCAAUGGGCACAUCUGGCUCCGGUGCUUUCUAACCUACCAGUCCUGCCAGAGCUUGAUAUACCGACGGUGUUUGCUUCAUGACAGCAUUGCCCGGCACCCUACUCCAGAAGAUCCUGACUGGAUUAAGAGGUUGCUACAGAGCCCUUGCCCUUUCUGUGAUUCUCCUGUCUUCUGAGUGUUCGUGAGGAGGAUAGAGGAAUAUGAACGUGGGUGUAGAAAGUGCCCUGGAGCCUGAGGAGCAGAUGUGCUGGAGGACCUGGUGCGGGGCAGUGGAGAGACACUCUUCUGACUGGAAGCAGGGAGGUCUUCCUUGAGCUCAUUUCGCCAGCACAAACACUAUCUUCAGGAACUGAAGUCAUCUUUUAAAUGAGUCAUUUUGAGGUGAACAUUAGCCACCCUCAGCUCCUCACCCAAUGAGGACAACUUACUUUUCAAGUGUCUUGCCUAAAGCAGUUGAGCAGAAGCCUUCUGCUCCUUGAGACAUAAUGGGCUCUACCAGAGAAUCUGAGGAACUUGCUGUGACUUAGAUUUUGCUUUGGUCUGGAACUGCCUAUGGCUCCAAAGGACUCAAAUUGGUUGGUACGUGAUACUCCCGGUGCCAAUACAUCUUAAAGUGUCUAAAGCUGUGUGUGGCUGGUGUUUGCUCAGCAGACUCAUUUGCCCAUUGACUUGUUUCCAUACACAUGGAAUACAUUUUCCUAAAACUAUAUUUUUGAAGCCAAGAAAUAAAAUCAAUCUUGGUGUAUCAAACGAUCAGGUGACUAUUAGAAGUUAAUAAUUGUCAUUUGUUUUUAUCUCCUGUGUCAUCAGAUUUCCUGACCCAGCUCCUUAGUAUGUCAGAAGAGAUUGAGUACCCCUUUCCUAAUCACAGCCCCACAUUAUCCCCAACUGUGUAACCUAGAUAUUUGUACAUAGAGGGGAAGUAUUUUCUAAUUUUAGUAUUAAAUUGAAGCUUCAGUAUUUUUAACAUUGACUGAGUCAGACGUCUUAUCUGGGGAGAAAGGUGGCCUACGGAUUUCUGGAGAGAGGUGGCAACAUGGAGUUGGAGGUCCUGGAGCUCUGCUGCAAGCACAUGCAGCUCAAGUGGACAAACCUAGGAAUUUCUCUCCCGCCAAAGGGCCUUAAUAUUUGAAAUGCAGGUAUUUUUCUGUGGGCGUACAGAGGAGACACGCACACUUGUUUGACUGCUAGUUCUUCACCAGACCUGAAUGCAUUCUGGAACCAUAGUCUUUGGUUUUUUAAAGUACGUUUCCUGGGAUUGGUGCUAAUGAACUGGAUUUAGUACGCACAUUCUGAAAUUUUAUAUGUUUUUGGAAAGCAGGGUGGAAAGUAUACAACAUGAAAUGCUUUGCUCCUUCAUGAUCCUUUCUUGCUUUUAUUUUAACAUACUUCCUGCUUUGAUUUUAUAUCCGUAGUGAAAGAUGUUCUGUCCUCACUUCAGAAAUACUGUCUUGGUACUUGGGUACCACAGUGAGAGAUGAGACCACCUGCCAUCCUGCCAUACUUCCCGCCUCAAAAAAAUAGCUCUACACUGGGGACAGACCAUAAGACCAGCAUCUAUCCAGACCAGAGGGGCAGCAAAGAAAGAGCCCUGACUGACCCAAUUCAGACUAUACAUGGCUGCAAGACAGCCUACAACUGGCACUCUUCAUGGAAACAUGGCAGGAGUGGAGAUAUUGAUAAUUGUCUCCACUCUGUCAACCACACAUGCCGAGUUUUCUUUCUCUUGCUCUUUGGGAUCAAACUCCCUAGGUGUUUUCACAGGGGAAUUUGGUUAUUAACCAUUUAAAACUGGGAGUGAUACCAGGGUCUUGUAGUUGCCUCUUCCAGCUUGAAUUUGCCUGUGCUACGAGGUGGAGUUGAGGUAGCUGUUUUAGCGUGGGAGGAUGAAUAGCCAUAGAAUUGCUGCCCUGCAUUUAGAAGGCUGAAUUAACUGAUUGUUUAAAGCAGUUUCUCGGUUUUGAGAAAUUUUAACAAUUAGGAGUAAUGAAAUUUCUAAGGUCUGUGCUUGUGUCCAGGAAGAUGGCAACUGGAACACAAGCUCAGUAAGGGAUUUAGCCCAGCAGCAUUCUUACCACAGCCAAGUGUCUCCACAGCUAGUAGGCAUGCUUCCCUCCCCUCCAAUGCCCUCCCAACUCCCACCACACACCAAUGUUAAUCUUCAGAGCAGGGUGAACAAGAGAAUUUGGGAUUGAUGGCAGCCUCCUACAUAGAGCACUUCUGAAUUCUUCUCUAAGGGUUAGUAUAUAGGACCCUGGAGGGUUGAUGGAGGGGCCUUGGGAGACUGGGAGUGACACCAGAGUCUGGUAGUUGUUGCCUCUUCCAGCUUGAACUUGCCUGUACUAUGUGGUGUUGAGGGAGCUUUCAGUUGCAGCCAUGGUAGCUGUUUGAGCAUGGGAGGAAUACUAGCCAUCGAUUGCUGCCAUGCAUUUAGAAGGCUGAAGCCGGCUCUACAGAGACCACACAAGCUGCAACACUGCUAUGUAUCAGGUCUUCUCUGCCUGGGCUUAUUUGUUUCUGUCAUUGUAAGUAUGAAAUGGGUAGCUUGUUCUAGUUGGUGUUCAUGCCGAUGUCCUGAUAUGUUCACCUCUAGACUUGAAACUGUCUUUACCUACUACUAGAUCUGCCAGAAGCUGUCGUGAGCACCUUCGAAAUCUGUGGUCAGAUGUAGCACGUUCCUGCUUGUCCCUCUAGGCUCUAGCAGGUUUUUAAGAAAGCUAGACCUAGCAACAAGCUUAGCAAGUUAAUUGGAUUGGGAAAGUUUUGUUUCUGUUGGUUUGGUUUUGUUUUUGAGACAGGGUCUCACUAUGCAAUAGUCCUGGCUGUCCUGGAACUUCCUUUGUAGACUAGGCUGGCCUUGAACUCAAAGAUAUGCCUGCCCCUGCCUCUUAUAUUGGGAAAGUUUAAUCAUUUGCUUGGCUAUAUUAGUAUCAGAUACGGUGCAGAUGGUAGAACACGCCUUGGUCUGGGAGCCCUGGAUGCUUUUUAGAGCCAGAAAAAUGUAUAGUGAUAAAAUCUCUAAAGGCUAAGCCAUGUUGUGAUUCUUCCUAGAAGAAGCAGUGGGGAAUCUCAUGAUCAAAGAGCUGACUGGGCUCUUUGCUACCAUAGUGUUGCUUUCUAUUCUGAGCUGAAACGGAGUGCACUCCAAGUCAGCAUGGAAACCCCCCAACAGUCAAUCAGAGACUGAAAGCUCUUUCACUUUAGACUUCAGGAGUCACAGGCAGGCUUUGGCAGCCACUCGUGGUAUGUCCUGGUAGAGGGCAGCCUUGCCUUCCCCUGGCUUGUCUGGCUUUAGUUACUGUGGAACAUCAGUGCCCCACUCGCUUUAGACUGUGCCUCAUGCUCUCUCUUACUAGACCCUCAACUGCUCUCUCUUGAAGCUGACGAGUUCUUGAAGUUAAAUCUGCUUUGUGUCUGCCAGUCAAAAAUGGAACCACACUCAAGGUAGCCUUGCUUUUAGCUGCCUACAGACAUGGCAUCUCUGCCCGAGUAGCAGGCAGAAGGCACUGUUCAUGGGUUUUAGUCCUCAAAGUCAUGUUUAUGUUGAGGGAAGAGAUGCUGAUGCAGUCAUGAGUUUAGUAAGAGCCAGAUGUUCACCAGCAAGGCCUAACUAUUCCUUCAUGGUCAUUGAGCUGAGCAGAGAAGGAGGAGGAUGCAUCCCAAUCACUCUGUAGGCUCUCAAGCAAAUAUGGGGUUCUGGGUUAAGCAGAUCACACCUCAGAGUUGCUGGAUCUCCUGUUUGUUUUUAAGAUUAAAAGUUCCUUCUCUCAAGGCUGAGGGUGUGGCUCAGUAGAUGGAGCACUCUUUGAGGCCUCAAGUUCCAUCCUCAGCGCUGGGGGAGAGGAAGGGCUGUUUACAUCACUGUCAUGAAGUUCUAUUGUUUUCAUAAAGUUGAUUGGGUGAGUGAGUCAGCAUGAUGGCACACAUCUAUGUUCUAAACACUCAGGAAGCUGAGGCAGGAGGAUCAAGUUGAAGACCAGCCAGAGCUGUAUAAAAAGAACCUGCCUCAGAAAACCAACACUGGCCAGAUUGUGCAGCAGAAGAGGUGCUGGUGAGGGCGUUGCAACGUUUCCAGCCCAGGUCUACAUUCGGCUGGCGGGAUAGGUGAGUGCCCAUGUUCUCACUGCCUCUCUGUAUGGUACUAAUAUAAAACCAAGUGUCCAUGAACUGUUUCCCAAGCCUUCAUUUCACAUUUGUAUUGAUAAGACAUGCGUGUGAGCGUCACACUUGUUCUAACAGAUGUCUGUUGUGCUUAGUGGUUGUACCCUCUGUUUACCCGAUGCUUGUGCUAAAGUUUGUGCUUGGCUUUGGAUUGUAUGUUUACACCUGUUUUUAAUAAAGAGAAAAUUUUA